AUGUGCGGCCCUGACAACUCAAAUCGUCCCCGUGGCGGUGCCCUCGCCGUCCUCAGCCCAAUCACCUCGUCGCGCAUCAAUGCCGAUCUCGCCUUCCACACACCCGGAUCCCCCACCAGCGUCGGCGCAACACACGCCAGACUUACCCCCACGGGAGACUGCCCUGAUCUGACCAGGUUAUCUAGCCUGCAUGUAGUGAUACAUUCCACCGGAGACCUGCGCGCCCACCAGGGCGACUGCGGCCUCUUUCGACAAUUCGCUUUCCCCGCUGCCAUGAGCAAAGAUCACGUCGAGUUUGAGCUUGAUAGCCCGCUGGCUGUCGGGGUUGGAGGCGAGGGCAUCAUCGGACGUCGCGUGUCCCUUUGCUCUGGACCCGUGGCCUCCGAGGAGAACACUGUUGCUCAGGGGAUUGUUGGCUUCAACUUUGCGCCGUCGCUGUGA